CUGGCCAGAAGGAGCUUGGCUGAACCUUCCCAGGCCACAGGGCUGGUCCCAGCUGCUCUGAGUCAAAGGAGGCUGCAUGUCCAGCCACAGGCAGGACACUCGGCAAAUCCCCGUGUCCCCAAGGUCCUGAGCUUGUGACACCAGACGAUCUGGGAGGGAGCAGGUGACCACCAUGGCAAAGGAAGAUGAGGAUGAGAAGAAAGCCAAGAAAGGGAAGAAGGGGAAGAAGGCUCCGGAGCCGGAGAAGCCCAAGCGGAGCCUGAAGGGGACGUCACGGCUGUUCAUGGGAUUUCGAGACCGCACGCCCAAGAUCUCCAAGAAGGGCCAGUUCCGGAGCGCGUCAGCCUUCUUCUGGGGCCUCCACAAAGGCCCCCAGAAGACCAAACGCAAGAAGAAGGCGCGCACGGUGCUCAAAUCCACGUCGAAGCUCAUGACGCAGAUGCGCGUCGGCAAGAAGAAGCGCGCCAUGAAGGGCAAGAAGCCGUCUUUCAUGGUGAUCCGCUUCCCCGGACGGCGGGGCUACGGCCGCCUGCGCCCGCGUGCCCAGUCGCUCAGCAAAGCGUCCACGGCCAUCAACUGGCUCACUAAGAAGUUCCUCAUCAAGAAGGCCGAGGAAUCGGGCAGCACGCAGGCCUCGCUAGAUGCCUGGCUGGACCGCUCGGGCUCCCGCGUGGGCUCGCGCAAGCUGCCCUUCCCAUCGGGUGCUGAGAUCUUGCGGCCAGGGGGCCGCCUGCGCCGGUUCCCGCGCGCCCACAGCAUCUACGCGUCGGGCGAGCCCGUGGGCUUCCUGCCCUUUGAGGACGAGGCCCCGUUCCGGCACUCGGGCUCCCGCAGGUCGCUGUACGGGCUUGAGGGCUUCCAGGACCUGGGCGAAUACUACGACUACCACCGCGAGGGCGAUGACUACUACGACCAGCAAUCGCUAUACCGGUACGAGGAGGAGCAGGAGCCCCUUCAGGGCGCCUAUGGCCCCCAUGGCCCAGCCUGGCCGCCCUACGACUACGCGCACCGGUACGUGCCUGAGGACCCCUACGACUACUACGGCCCUGACUACUACAGCGGCUCCUUCUACCCCGACUACACCUUCGGCUACGGCUACGGCUACGACGACUACGAGCCCCCCUACGCGCCCCCGUCGGCGUCCGCGUCUCCCUACAGCUACUACGACGCCUACGCGGGGGAGGUGCACCCGCACAGCUACUACCCGGAGACCUACGCCCCGCCCGAGGCGCUCUACCCGCCAUACCCACCCUACGACCUGGCCUACGAGCUCCCGUAUGCUGCGCCCCACCUGGAUCCCUACGCGCAGCCCUACGGUGUCCCCUUCGCGGAAGGCACCUACGGUGGGGCCCAGGCAGUCUACCCCCCCGAAGGGCCCUAUCUUCCGCCCCAGCAGUCGGCCUUCGCAUACCCGUGGGUGCCUCCGCCCAUUCUGUCACCCCACAACCCAUACGCCCACCCGAUGGAUGACAUAGCGGAGCUGGAGGAGCCCGAGGAGGCGGGCAGCGAACAGCCGGCCACCUCCUUUCGCCUGCCCAGUGCCGCCUUCUUCGAGCAGCAGGGCAUGGACAAGCCUGCUAGGUCCAAGCUGUCCCUCAUCCGCAGGUUCCGCCUCUUCCCGCGGCCCCAAGUGAAGCUGUUCGGGAAGGAGAAGUUGGAGGUGCCCCUGCCGCCCUCCCUGGACAUCCCUCUGCCCCUGGGGGAUGCAAAUGAAGACGAGGAAGAGGACGAAAUGCCGCCGCUGCCCCCGGGCCCUUAUGGCCACCCCUUCUGGGGCUUCCUCACGUCGCGCCAGCGCCACCUCCAGCGCGCCCUCUCGGCCUUCGGCGGCCCCCGGGGCCUGGGCUUCAGCCCUGACUUCAGCCGCCACGCACCACGCCCGGCUACCUCGCUAGCGCGGUUCCUCAAAAACACCCUGUCGGAAAAGGAGCCCAUCCCGCGGCUCAGGGGCAGCCGGAAGGCCCAGGCGCGAGGCCCGGCGGUCAGGGAGGCAGCUUACAAGCGCUUCGGCUACAAACUGGCGGGCAUGGACUCCGAGCGGCCCAGCACGCCCAUCGUGCUGCGCAGGGCGCAAGCACGCGCGCGCAACAACAACAACUCCCACCGCCCUGCGACCCCGCCGCGCACCUCACGUCUGCGCCCCAGCCCCAUCCCCGGCCCAGCGCCCACCCCAACCCUCGCCCCGCCCCUCGGCCUGGCCGCAGGCCUGCCCCCGGCCAUCUCGCCCUACAGCUCCCUCCGUCUGCACCCGCCACCCUGGGCUGCCCCAGCUCACGUGCCCCUCGCACCCCAGGCCAGCUGGCGGGCCUUGGCAGAGGCCCCACCCCUGAUCCCUGAGGGGCUCCCAGACCCACUGGCCUUCCCCGGACCCCGGCCAUCCUUCAGGGGCUCUCGCCACCGGGGGGCUGCCUUCGGCUUCCCUGGACCCUCACCCCAACCCUCACUGAGGAGCCGGCCCGGUUUGGGCUACUGCUCGCCACAGGGGCCCCUGUCCCCCCAGCCCUCCAUCCGCGCCAUCCCCUUCCGGCCGCCCUUCUCGCCACCACCCCGCCGUCCCCACUCGCUGCGGGAGCCACCAUCUCCAUGCCGAGCCUCACCACGCCCUGGCGCACUCCACUCACCUUUGCUGGCCCCCCCGCGGCCGCCUUCACCGCCCCCUCUGCUGGGUUCCGGCCCACGGCACCGCUCGCUCAACCUGCCCUCGCGCCUCCCGCGCACGUGGCGCCGCCUCAGUGAGCCGCCCACCAGGGCCGUAAAGCCCCGGCCCCGCCAGCCCUUCCUGCUACCGCAGGGGCCUGGGUCUUGGCAUGCGGCUGCUGCUGCUCCUGAGUGCCCAGAGAGCCAAGGCGAGCCCGAGGACUCAGAAACACCCUGGACAGUGCCCCCGCUGGCCCCAAGCUGGGAUGUGGACAUGCCUGCCACCCAGCGCCCACCCUCACCCUGGCCUGGAGGCCCUGGCAGCCUCCGUGGCUUCUCCAGGCCACCCCCUGUGCCCUCGAGCUCCUUCCUCCAGCACGGGGGCCCAGUGCCCUCCCCUGCUUUCCAGGCUGAAGACCUAGCCUCUGACUCAACCCGCGUUUUCCUGGGGAGACACCAGGACCCAGGACCCGGACAGCUGACCGAAUCAGCCAGCCCCAGCCCCAAGAAGCCUGAAGAAGAGGCCUGCCCAGGGGAUGCCCAGACACCAACAGAGCCUGAGCCCCCAGCCCCAACACCCUCCAGGGAUGUCCCCUCAGAUCAGAAAGCACUGAGGCUCAGUCUCUCCAACCCGCUGGCUGCUUCUGACCAGAUGAGAGCCACAUGGCCACCAUGGCGCCGGUGGGGGACACUGCCCAGUGCCCCAGCCCCCUUGACGCCCAAGGAGGCCCCAGGACCCCUGCCCAAGGCAGGUGAACGGUUCCAGGCAAGUCCUGGGCGUUUUGCAGUGGUCAUGCCUCGUAUACAGAAGCUGAGCUCCUUCCAGCGAGCUGGUCCUGCCCCUCUGCAGCCCCCUGUCCGGCUGACCCAGGAGCCAGAGCCCAUCCCCAGGCCAAGAGCCUGGAGUCUGCUCUGGUCCCGCCUCUGGCUGCCUGUGGAGGCCCACCAACCCCAGCUGCAAGUACCCACCCGCCCCCUGUCCUGUCGCCUGGGCCCUGGAGCUGCUGGCCUGCCCCAUGGGGGCCCCUUGGAAGAGGUUGGCACCAAAGGCUUGUGGAGCAAGAUGCACUCCAUCCGCAACCUGCCAUCCACGCAGCUCCGCGAGCAGCAGCAAGAGGACGGCGUGGAGGACAUGACGCAGCUCGAAGACCUCCAGGAGACCACCGUGCUGGCCAACCUCAAGACCAGAUUUGAACGGAACCUCAUCUAUACGUAUAUCGGCAGCAUCCUGGUGUCGGUGAACCCGUACCAGAUGUUUGGAAUUUAUGGGCCAGAGCGGGUGCAGCAGUACAGCGGGCGGGCCCUGGCCGACAACCCCCCCCACCUCUUUGCAAUCGCAAAUCUCGCCUUCGCCAAAAUGCUCGAUGCCAAACAGAACCAGUGCAUAAUUAUCAGCGGAGAGAGCGGCUCGGGAAAAACCGAGGCCACGAAGCUGAUUCUGCGCUACCUGGCUGCCAUGAGUCAGAAGCGGGGCGUCACGCGGCAGAUAAAGAUCCUGGAGGCCACACCCCUCCUGGAGUCCUUUGGUAAUGCCAAAACCGUCAGGAACGACAACUCCAGCCGCUUCGGGAAGUUUGUGGAGAUCUUUCUGGAAGGGGGCGUGAUCUCUGGUGCCAUAACCUCCCAGUACCUGCUCGAGAAAUCCAGGAUCGUGUUUCAGGCCAGAAACGAGAGGAACUACCACAUCUUCUAUGAGCUUCUGGCUGGGCUGCCUGCCCAGCUUCGGCAGGCCUUCAGCCUUCAGGAGGCCGAGACCUACUACUACCUGAACCAGGGUGGAAACUGUGAGAUCUCAGGGAAGAGCGAUGCGGACGACUUCCGCCGGCUGCUGGCCGCCAUGGAGGUGCUGGGCUUCAGCGCGGAGGACCAGGACAGCAUCUUCCGCAUCCUGGCCUCCAUCCUGCACCUGGGCAACGUCUACUUUGAGAAGGACGAGACGGACGCACAGGAGGUGGCCUCAGUGGUGAGCGCCCGGGAGAUCCAGGCCGUGGCCGAGCUGCUGCAGGUCUCCCCCGAGGGCCUGCAGAAGGCCAUCACCUUCAAAGUGACCGAGACCAUGAGAGAGAAGAUCUUCACCCCCCUGACGGUGGAGAGCGCCGUGGAUGCCAGGGAUGCCAUCGCCAAGGUGCUGUAUGCAUUGCUCUUCAGCUGGCUCAUCGCCAGGGUCAAUGCACUGGUGUCCCCACAGAAGGGCGCGCUGUCCAUCGCUGUCCUGGACAUCUAUGGCUUCGAGGACCUGAGCUUCAACAGCUUUGAGCAGCUGUGCAUAAACUAUGCGAACGAGAGCCUCCAGUACCUCUUCAACAAGAUCAUCUUCCAGGAAGAGCAGGAGGAGUACAUGCGUGAACAGAUCGACUGGCGGGAGGUCACCUUCGCCGACAACCAGCCCUGCAUCAACCUCCUCUCGCUGAAACCCUACGGCAUCCUACGCAUCCUCGAUGACCAGUGCUGCUUCCCCCAGGCCACAGACCACACAUUUCUGCAGAAGUGCCAUUACCACCAUGGCGCCAACCCACUCUACUCCAAGCCCAAGAUGCCGCUGCCCGAGUUCACCAUCAAGCACUAUGCGGGCAAAGUCACCUACCAGGUGCACAAGUUCCUGGACAAGAACCACGACCAGGUGCGCCAGGACGUGCUGGACCUGUUUGUGCGGAGCCGGACUCGGGUGGUAGCACACCUCUUCUCCAGCCAUGCCCCGCAGGCUGCCCCUCAGCGCCUGGGCAAGAGCAGCUCCGUCUCCCGGCUCUACAAGGCGCACACGGUGGCUGCCAAGUUCCAGCAGUCACUUCUGGACCUGGUGGAAAAGAUGGAGAGGUGUAACCCCUUGUUCGUCCGGUGUCUGAAGCCCAACCACAAGAAGGAGCCAGGCCUCUUUGAGUGUGAUGUGGUGACGGCCCAGUUACGCUAUUCAGGGCUGCUGGAGACUGUGCGGAUUCGGAAGGAGGGCUUUCCAGUGCGACUGCCCUUCCAGGUGUUCAUCGACAGGUACCGCUGUCUAGUGGCCCUCCAGCACAACCUGCCAGCCAGUGGGGACAUGUGUGUGUCGGUGCUGAGCCGCCUAUGCACGGUCACACCAAACAUGUAUUGUGUUGGUGUCAGCAAGCUCUUCCUGAAGGAGCACUUGCACCAGCUGCUGGAGGGCAUGCGGGACCACGUCCUAAGCCUGGCGGCUGUCACGCUACAGCGCUGCCUCCGUGGCUUCUUUGUCCAGCGCCGUUUCCGCUCCCUACGCCGCAAGAUCAUCCUGCUGCAGAGCCGGGCCCGCGGCUACCUGGCCAGGCAGCGGUAUCAGCAGAUGAGGAGGCGUCUGGUGAAGUUCCGGGCCCUGGUGCACACAUAUACGAGCCACCGGCGUUACCUCAAGCUGAGGGCGGAGCGGAGGCUCCGGGUGGAGGAGGCAUGGCUGCGGGAGCAGGAGGAGCUGAGCAAGCGGCAGGUGGUGGCCGUGGGGCACCUGGAGGUCCCGGUGGAGCUGGCUGGGCUCUUGCGAGCCGUAGCGGGCCUCAGGACAGCCCAGGGGCCCCGGGUGGCCCUUGUGCGGACUCCCCGGCUUCGGGCCGAGCCCCGGGUCACGCUGCCCCUGGACAUCAACAACUACCCCAUGGCCAAGUUUGUCCGGUGCCACUUCAAGGAGCCUGCCUUCGGGAUGCUGACCGUGCCCCUGAGGACGCCCCUCACGCGGUUGCCGGCGGAGUACCACGUGGAGGCUGUGGGCAUCUUCAAGCUGAUCCUACGUUUCAUGGGCGACCCCCAGCUGCACGGCGCCCGGGACUACGUCUUUGGGAGCUACAUCGUGCAGAAGGGACUGGCAGUGCCCGAGCUGCGGGACGAGAUCCUGGCGCAACUGGCCAACCAGGUGUGGCGCAACCCCAGCUCCCACAACGCCGAGCGGGGCUGGCUCCUGCUGGCCGCCUGCCUCAGCGGCUUCGCACCAUCCCCGCGCCUGGACAAAUACCUGCUCAAGUUUGUGUCUGAUCACGGGCAGGGUGGCUUCCAGGCCGUGUGUCAGCAUCGACUCAUGCAGGCCAUGGUCUCUGGGGCUGCCCGCACCUUCCCUCCGACUCAGCUUGAGUGGACAGCCACCCAGGAGAAGGCUGGCAUGGCACUGGAUGUAGGCUGCUUCAACGGUGACUUGUUCUCCUGUCCGGUGCAGUCCUGGAGUACGGGGGAGGAGGUGGCCGGAGACAUUCUGAGGCACAGGGGGCUGGUUGAUGGCUGGCGAGGCUGGACAGUGGCCAUGAAGAACGGGGUCCAGUGGGCAGAGCUGGCCGGCCAUGACUACGUAUUGGACCUGGUGUCGGACCUCGAACUGCUCAGGGAGUUCCCUCGACGGAAAGCCUACUUCCUCGUGGGUGUGGAGGGGCCCCUAGCCUGCAGGGGAGGCCUCAGGGUGUUUGGAAACAGCUGGGACUCGGACGAUGACGCACCUACCAAGCCCCAGCCCCAGGGGCUCGUGCCUGUAGUGGCCGACUCGGAUGGGUACUGCAGCCACAAUGAGAACGACUCAGACAGCCUUGGAGAGCCCGCUGUGCCCCACAAGGGGUUGGACUGCUACCUGGACAGCCUCUUCGACCCCGUGCUGUCCUGCGGGGAUGCGGACCUGGAGAAGCCAACAGCCAUUGCCUACCGCAUGAAAGGGGGAGGCCAGCCUGGUGGAGAUGGCAGCAGCAGCACUGAAGGCCCCCCCAGGAGACCCCCAGAGCCAAAGCCAAUUCCAGGCCUGGACGCCUCCACAUUGGCCCUGCAGCAAGCCUUCAUCCACAAGCAGGCCGUACUUCUGGCCCGGGAGAUGACCCUGCAGGCCAUGGCACUCCAGCAGCAGCCCCUGAGUCCUACCCCGAGACCCUUCCCCCCAGAGAAACCCUUAGCGUCAGAGGCCCGGCCGAAGUUCGUAGGCACUGGACUCCCAGCCAAGCCCGUGCUCCUGCGCUCUGCUCCGAAGCCUGUGGCCCCCGCCCCUCUGGCCAAGGCCCCAAGGCCCCCCACCAAGCCCGUGGCUGCCCCCAUUCUGCCUCAGGGCUGGGCUUCUCCAGAAAGCACCUCGCCCUGCCUGGAGCCGGUCCGGUCCUCAACCCUCAACUCGGAGCACUUCCCACAACCCACACAGCAGAUCAAGGACAUUGUCAGGCAGCACCAGCAGCUGCCCCGGGGGGGCCAGCCGGAGGCCUUCAGGAAGGACGGCGGGAGGGUGUUCGUAAAGCAGCCUGAUCCCCAUGAGGAGGCCCUGACGAUCCUGAGGGGGCAGAUGAGCCCCCCAGUGGCAGCACCCGGCACCCAGGUCCCCAGAGAGGCCGUGGCCUUGGUGAAGCCAGUGACCAGCACACAGCGGCCAUCCAUGGGGCCCGCUCCAGCGCUGCCCUCGCGGUCUCUGGAGCCUCCUGAGGAUCCCGUGCAGACACAGCUGCACCGCCUCCCAAACCCCGACUUCUAUGGCUACCGGGACACCCCCUGGCAGAUCUUCUUGCGCAAAGAGGUGUUCUACCCCAAGGACGACCACAGCCACCCUGUGCAGCUGGACCUCCUGUUCCGCCAGGUCCUGCAUGACACACUCUCCGAGGCCUGCCUGCGCAUCUCUGCGGAGGAGCGGCUCCAGAUGAAAGCCCUGUUUGCUCAGAACCAGCUGGACACGCAGCGGCCUUUGGUGACAGAGAGCGUGAAGCGGGCCGUGGUCAGCACUGCCCGGGACAGUUGGGAGGUCUACUUCUCCCGCCUGUUUCCUGCCACGGGCAGCGUGGGCACUGGGGUGCAGAUGCUGGCUGUGUCCCACACAGGCAUCAAGCUCCUGCGUGUGGUCAAGGGCAGCCACGAGGCGAGUGGGCAGCUGCGGGUACUGCGCACCUACAGCUUUGCGGACAUCCUCUUUGUGACCAUCCCCUCCCAGAACAUGCUGGAGUUCAACUUGGCCAGUGAGAAGGUUAUUCUGUUCUCAGCCCGAGCUCACCAGGUCAAGACCCUGGUGGAUGACUUCAUCCUGGAGCUGAAGAAGGACUCGGACUACGUGGUCGCUGUGAGGAACUUCCUGCCUGAGGACCCUGCGCUGCUGGCCUUCCACAAGGGCGACAUCAUCCACCUGCAGCCCCUGGAGCCGCCUCGACUGGGCUACAGCGCGGGCUGUGUGGUCGGCAAGAAGGUGGUGUACCUGGAGGAGCUGCGGCACCGGGGCCCUGACUUCGGCUGGCGGUUUGGGACCAUCCACGGGCGCGUGGGCCGCUUCCCUUCUGACCUGGUGCAGCCUGCAGCUGCCCCUGACUUCCUACAGCUGCCUGCCGAGCCGGGCCGAGGCCGCGCUGCCGCUGUGGCCGCCGCUGUGGCCUCCACUGCCGCUGCACGGGAGGUGGGCCGCAGGAGGGAGGGGCCCCCAGUCAGAGCUGGCUCCAUGGACCAUGGGGAGGACAGCCUGGCUCUUCCACCGUACACAAUGCUUGAGUUUGCCCAGAAGUACUUCCGAGACCCUCAGAGGAGACCCCAGGAUGGCCUCAGGCUGAAAUCCAAGGAGGGUCGGGAGUCCAGAACCUUGGAGGACAUGCUUUGCUUUACGAAGACCCCGCUCCAGGACUCCCUCAUUGAGUUCAGUGACAGCAGCCUCAACAAGAUGGCUACAGACAUGUUUCUAGCUGUGAUGCGAUUCAUGGGGGAUGCCCCGCUGAAGGGCCAGAGUGAACUGGAUGUGCUGUGCACCCUCCUGAAGCUGUGCAGGGACCAUGAGGUCAUGCGGGACGAGUGUUACUGCCAGGUCGUGAAGCAGAUCACAGACAACACCAGCACCAAGCAGGACAGCUGCCAGCGAGGUUGGAGGCUGCUGUACAUCGUGGCCGCCUACCACAGCUGCUCUGAGGUCCUCCAGCCGCACCUCACCCACUUCCUCCAUGACGUGAGCCGGACCGCAGGCCUGCCCUUCCAGGGGAUUGCCAAGGCCUGUGAGCAGAACCUGAAGAAGACGCUGCGCUUUGGCGGCCGCCUGGAGCUCCCAGGCAGCAUGGAGCUGCGGGCCAUGUUGGCCGGCCGCAGUUCCAAGAGGCAGCUCUUUCUUCUCCCUGGGGGCCUGGAGCGCCAUCUUAAGAUAAAGACAUGCACUGUGGCCCUGGACGUAGUGGAAGAGCUUUGUGCUGAGAUGGCUCUGACCCGCCCCGAGGCCUUUGAUGAGUACGUCAUCUUUGUUGUAACCAACAGAGGCCAGCACGUGUGUCCGCUCAGCCGGCGCGCCUACAUCCUGGAUGUGGCCUCGGAGAUGGCGCAGGUGGACGGUGGCUACGCACUGUGGUUCCGACGUGUGCUCUGGGACCAGCCGCUCAAGUUCGACAACGAGCUCUACGUGACCAUGCACUACAACCAGGUGCUGCCCGACUACCUGAAGGGCCUUUUCAGCAGCGUGCCGGCUGGCCGGCCCAGCGAGCAGCAGCUUCAGCAGGUGUCCAAGCUGGCUGCGCUGCAGCACCGGGCCAAGGACCACUUCUACCUGCCCAGCGCGCGGGAGGCCCAGGGGUACAUCCCAGCCCAGCUGUACCGCACCGAGGCCAACUCGACGUGGCUCCACCUGCUUGGUCAGCACCGGCAGCAGAUGCAGGCGCUCAGCCCCCACCAGGCUCGCGCCCAGUUUCUGGGCCUCCUCAGCGCUUCACCCAUGUUCGGCUCCUCCUUCUUCCUGGUCCAAAGCUGCAGCACCGCGGCUGUGCCAGCCCCCUGCAUCCUCGCUGUCAACCAGAAUGGCCUCAACUUUCUCAGCACUGAGACCCAUGAGCUGAUGGUGAAGUUCCCCCUGAAGGAGAUCCAGUCGACGCGGACCCAGCGGCCCACAGCCGGCUCUAGCUGCCCCUAUGUGGAGGUCGCGCUCGGCGAUGUCACUGCCCAGCACACCGUGCAGCUGCAGCUGGAGCAGGGCCUGGAGCUGUGUCGGGUGGUGGCCGUGCAUGUGGAGAACCUCCUCAGUGCUCGCGAGAAGCGGCUCACGCUGCCCCCCAGCGAGAUCACACUACUCUGACCCAGCCCCCAGGCCCCCGCUGGCAGGAGGCUGGCUGUAUGGUCCCAGAGGAGCUACUGGGCCAGAACCUUUGGAGAGACCAAGAGGCAGUAGGGGGAGAAGCCCAAGUCCCCAGGAACCUGAGAAGACCAACUGAGAGUUGGGAUGGAGUUACAGCAUGCAAACCUGGGGUCAGAUAGCAGGAGGAACUUCCAGGGACUGACCAAUGGGCCCUCCUGCCACCUACCACUGUGGCCCUGCCCUGACCCCUGCUGCGGCAUGGUAGCCCCACACCAGAAGCCUAGGCAAACUGAAUCUGCUUUCACUUCUCCUGGGGUCUGAUGUUCAAAUCUGCUCCAUCUCCCUGUCCUAGCCCCUCAUUUGUCCCCCCCUAUUCCAGAUGCCCUCUGUACUGCUGCUGAGCUUGGAUUCAUGGCUCUUGGUCAUUUCAGUGCAAAUAAAAGGUUCAUCUGGCAGCCUUUUCUCCAUA